ACUUGUGAGAUUUUUAUUGCUGGCAGCCAGAUGUGCAGAAAGUCCUGACGACAGCAUAUAUUCAUCGCGUGUUUUUAAUAGGCUUAGAGAGAUAUGAGUAGAGUACAUGGAAGCAGCCCAGCCUCACACUUCAGCAGGGAAUGCCCAGAGAGCUUGCUGCUGUUUAGAAUUCUUGCUACAGUCAGGAGAAAGCCGAAAGCUGCGAGUACUGAAUCUUCUACGACUGAAUUAGAAGAAUGACUGUACAAUUAACUAUCAACCUCUGCUCAUUCAAGCACAGUUUUUACAGAGCUCAGGAGAAAUAUGGAACUUGAUUGGCAUGUUUUUAUUUGAUGGUGUCUGCAAAUAGAUGACUUUUAAAGACAGGUGGUAAGGAAAAAUAAGAGAGGAUAAAAAGAAGGAAAAUGCAAUUUGAGACGUUGCGCCAGGUCUGCAAUUCUGUUCUAUCUCAUUUCCAUGGGGUUUUUUCAUCCCCACCAAAUAUUUUACAGAAUGAGCUUUUUGGACAAACGCUGAACAAUGCAAGAAAAAGAAGUCCAUCAGUGUCCAGGGAUCAAAAUCGAAGAUACGACCAAAGUGAAGAAAGAGAAGAAUAUUCACAGUAUGUUCCUUCAGAUAGCACAAUGCCUAGAUCUCCAUCAGAUUAUGCUGAUAGACGAUCUCAACGUGAACCUCAAUUUUAUGAAGAACCUGAUCAUGUAAAUUAUAGGGAUUCUAACAGGAGAGGCCAUAGACAUUCCAAAGAGUAUAUUGUAGACGACGAAGAUGUGGAGAGCAGAGAUGAAUAUGAAAGACAAAGGAGAGAGGAGGAGUACCAGGCACGCUACAGAAGUGAUCCAAAUUUGGCCCGGUAUCCGGUAAAGCCACAACCCUAUGAAGAGCAAAUGCGGAUCCACGCUGAAGUGUCCCGGGCACGACACGAGAGAAGGCACAGUGAUGUUUCUUUGGCAAAUGCUGAACUAGAAGAUUCCAGGAUUUCUCUGCUAAGGAUGGAUAGACCAUCAAGGCAAAGAUCUGUAUCUGAACGUAGAGCUGCAAUGGAAAACCAGCGAUCGUAUUCAAUGGAAAGAACUCGAGAGGCUCAGGGACAAAGUUCUUAUCCACAAAGGACCACAAAUCAUAGUCCUCCUACCCCUCGCAGGAGCCCUAUACCGCUCGAUAGACCAGAGCUGAGGCGUGCCGACUCCCUACGCAAACAACACCACUUAGAUCCCAGCUCUGCUGUAAGGAAAACUAGCGAGAAAAAAAUGGAAACAAUGUUGAGGAAUGAUUCUUUGAGUUCAGACCAGUCUGAGUCAGUGAGGCCGCCCCCACCAAGGCCUCAUAAAUCCAAGAAAGGAGGUAAAAUGCGCCAGGUUUCACUGAGCAGCUCAGAGGAGGAGUUGGCAUCCACGCCCGAGUAUACAAGCUGUGAUGACGUGGAGAUUGAAAGCGAGAGCGUGAGUGAGAAAGGAGACAUGGAGUACAGCUGGUUGGAGCAUGCGUCUUGGCAUAGCAGUGAGGCGUCCCCAAUGUCUUUGCACCCUGUGACCUGGCAGCCAUCCAAAGAUGGAGAUCGCCUAAUUGGUCGUAUUUUAUUAAAUAAGCGUUUAAAAGAUGGGAGUGUACCUCGAGAUUCAGGAGCAAUGCUGGGCUUAAAGGUUGUAGGAGGAAAGAUGACUGAAUCAGGUCGACUUUGUGCAUUUAUUACCAAAGUAAAAAAAGGAAGUUUAGCUGAUACUGUAGGACAUCUUAGACCAGGUGAUGAAGUCUUGGAAUGGAAUGGAAGGCUAUUGCAAGGAGCCACAUUUGAGGAAGUUUACAACAUUAUUCUAGAAUCCAAGCCUGAACCACAAGUUGAGCUUGUUGUUUCAAGGCCGAUUGGAGAUAUGCCUAGAAUACCUGAUAGCACUCAUGCACAACUGGAAUCCAGUUCUAGCUCAUUUGAAUCUCAAAAAAUGGAUCGUCCGUCUAUAUCGGUUACCUCUCCCAUGAGUCCUGGCAUGCUGAGGGAUGUCCCGCAGUUCUUAUCUGGACAGCUUUCAAGCCAAAGCCUUAGUAGAAGAACAACGCCUUUUGUUCCUAGGGUUCAGAUAAAACUAUGGUUUGACAAGGUUGGUCACCAGUUAAUAGUUACAAUUUUGGGAGCAAAGGCUCCUUCCAGGGAAGAUGGGAGGCCAAGGAAUCCUUAUGUUAAAAUUUACUUCCUUCCAGACAGAAGUGAUAAAAACAAGAGAAGAACAAAAACAGUCAAGAAAACUUUGGAACCCAAAUGGAACCAGACUUUCAUUUAUUCUCCUGUUCACCGAAGAGAAUUCCGGGAACGAAUGCUCGAAAUCACCCUUUGGGAUCAAGCUCGAGUUCGAGAGGAAGAGAGUGAAUUCCUAGGAGAGAUUUUAAUUGAAUUGGAAACAGCUCUGUUAGAUGAUGAACCACACUGGUACAAACUUCAGACCCAUGAUGUCUCCUCUUUGCCACUCCCUCACCCUUCUCCAUAUAUGCCACGGAGACAGCUGCAUGGAGAGAGCCCAACACGCAGGUUGCAAAGGUCGAAGAGAAUAAGUGACAGCGAAGUAUCUGACUAUGACUGCGAGGACGGCGUGGGAGUCGUGUCAGAUUACCGACACAACGGCCGUGAUCUUCAAAGCUCCACAUUAUCAGUGCCAGAACAAGUCAUGUCAUCAAACCAUUGCUCACCAUCAGGCUCUCCUCAUCGAGUAGAUGUUAUAGGAAGGACUAGGUCAUGGUCGCCUAGUGUCCCUCCUCCUCAAAGGAAUGUGGAACAGGGGCUUCGAGGGACACGUGCUACUGGCCAUUACAAUACAAUUAGCCGGAUGGACAGACACCGUGUCAUGGACGACCAUUACUCUUCAGAUAGAGACAGUCAUUUUCUUACUCUACCUCGCUCUCGACACAGGCAGACCAGUGAGCAUCAUCACAGGGAUGGAAGGGAUUGUGAAGCAGCAGAUAGACAGCCAUAUCACAGAUCCAGAUCAACAGAACAACGGCCUCUCCUAGAGCGGACCACCACCCGCUCCAGAUCCUCUGAACGUGCUGAUACAAACCUCAUGAGGUCGAUGCCUUCAUUAAUGACUGGAAGAUCUGCCCCUCCUUCACCUGCCUUAUCGAGGUCUCACCCUCGCACUGGCUCUGUCCAGACCAGUCCGUCAAGUACUCCCGUAACAGGACGAAGGGGCCGGCAGCUUCCUCAGCUCCCACCAAAGGGAACACUGGAAAGAAUGAUCACAGAAGACAUGGACUCCACAAGGAAGAGAAACUCAGGUGCUAUGGAUAUAGAGGAGAGAAAUCGCCAAAUGAAACUUAACAAAUACAAACAGGUAGCCGGAUCAGAUCCCAGACUGGAACAAGAUUACCAUUCGAAGUAUCGCUCAGGAUGGGAUCCACAUAGAGGGGCAGAUACUGUUUCCACUAAAUCCUCGGACAGUGAUGUAAGUGAUGUAUCUGCGGUUUCAAGGACUAGUAGUGCUUCUCGUUUCAGCAGCACAAGCUACAUGUCCGUCCAAUCAGAACGGCCGAGAGGAAACAGGAAAAUCAGUGUCUUUACAUCCAAAAUGCAAAACAGACAGAUGGGUGUGUCGGGGAAGAGCAUGACCAAAAGCACCAGCAUCAGUGGAGACAUGUGCUCACUGGAGAAGAAUGAUGGCAGCCAGUCGGACACUGCAGUGGGCGCCCUGGGCACCAGUGGCAAGAAGCGGCGAUCUAGCAUUGGGGCCAAAAUGGUAGCUAUUGUUGGUCUCUCACGGAAAAGUCGCAGUGCCUCUCAACUCAGCCAAACCGAAGGAGGAGGUAAAAAGCUACGCAGCACUGUCCAGAGAAGCACGGAGACCGGGCUAGCAGUGGAGAUGAGGAACUGGAUGACAAGACAGGCCAGCCGGGAAUCCACGGAUGGCAGCAUGAACAGUUACAGCUCAGAAGGAAAUCUGAUCUUCCCUGGGGUCCGCCUGGCCUCUGACAGCCAGUUCAGCGAUUUCCUUGAUGGCUUGGGCCCUGCUCAGCUAGUGGGACGCCAGACCCUGGCGACUCCUGCAAUGGGUGACAUUCAGGUGGGGAUGAUGGAUAAGAAGGGACAGCUGGAGGUAGAGAUCAUCCGGGCUCGAGGCCUUGUGGUAAAACCAGGUUCCAAGACACUGCCAGCACCAUAUGUCAAGGUGUACCUGUUAGACAACGGAGUCUGCAUAGCCAAAAAGAAAACCAAGGUGGCGAGAAAGACGCUGGAGCCCCUGUAUCAGCAGCUGUUAUCUUUCGAAGAGAGCCCCCAGGGAAAGGUGUUACAGAUCAUUGUCUGGGGAGAUUACGGCCGCAUGGAUCACAAAUCCUUUAUGGGAGUGGCCCAGAUACUCUUAGAUGAACUGGAACUAUCCAACAUGGUGAUUGGAUGGUUCAAACUCUUCCCUCCUUCCUCCCUAGUAGAUCCAACCUUGGCACCUCUGACAAGAAGAGCUUCCCAAUCAUCUCUGGAAAGUUCUACCGGACCUUCUUACUCUCGUUCAUAGCAACUAUAAAACUGUUGUCACAACAACCAGCGUUACAAAAUCCAGAAGAAACCGCCCAGGUGGGGACCCUGGUCCCACUGCAUGCUUGAUGUUGUGUCUCCGGAGCCCACGUCUAGGGAUAAAGAGCCAUCCUGUGCUCUCAGAGGAGCCGUCCGUGCACAGUGUGCCCUAGCAAAGGCCCUCGGGUGAACGAGCAGAGCCAAGAGGAACUGUCAGGUUUGGAGUUCAAUGACACUGAGUGUUGGUCCAAUCUGAAGCCAUGGAGUAAUCUCAGAAUCAGUCAGCCCUUUUCAAUGGCACCUUUAUAUUUUUAUUGUUUCUCUUCAUUUAUCUGACCCCAAAGCCCUGUUAUGCCACAGAAAUGGAGCUCUACAGCCAUUAAGCCACAUUACAGGCCAAGGAGCAAAGACCUAGGAAGCAUCAGGUGAAAAGCAAGAGACCAAAGAAGUGGUCAGGAGCAGAGUCAGCCACCGUUCCUGGAGGGGGCUCCAGCAGGGAGAGCAGUAGACUGGGCUGCUCUGGGAGGCAAUGUCAUUCACUAAUGCCAAGAUGUGUUGGACUCUGAAAAUCAAAAUUCUGUGACUGCACUGUACUGAAUGAAAUUAAAGAAACUCUUUUUGCAUGGACACAGAUUAGCUGAAUAUUUAAAUUAUUUUCUCGGGGCUGCAACUUGCAAAAAAAUAAAUAAAAAUCAGCCAUUUUCAACAAUUUAUAUUAUUUUUAAAAAUAAAUUUCACUAGUGCAUGGUUUUAAAAUGGGAGAGAAUGCAACAGGGUGAUACAAAGACACACCAAGUUUAUUCUUUAAUCAUAGUCUGUGUUUUGGCAGACAUUACAAAUGAAAAUACUUUCUAGCAGAUACAAUUCUCUUUAUGUGACAAUAAGUAUAAUAUAUUCAGUUUAUUUCCAUGUUAAAUAUACAGAUCUUAUGAUGUUCAAUAUGUGCACAGUUUUCACAUCUUUCUUCCUCCUGUCUGUCUCACUUUUCUUCUCCCACUUUUAAUCUCUCCUUUCCUUUCUCCCUCCUCGGUAAAUCACACCCAACAAGUCUUUGACCUGACCCUCUUCUAUCCCAGGUUUGACUCAGAGCCAUAGAUGCCUCUGAAUUUAUACAUUUCUCAAAUCUGUUGGAGAGCUUUCUUUAUUUCAAGCAUGUUGAAAGGAUUUUGCAACAUGACUUGGGACAUAAAGCAAGUCAGCACGCAUUGACAAGGAAGAUACCUGAACAUUUGCAGUUUAUUGUACAGUGCAUGGUAAUUUUUUUCACCUUAAAGAUUCAGUUUACAAAAAAAUUCUGAAACCACGUGGCAUUGUAAUGUCUAACAAAUUUGUUUUAGCACCAGCAUUAUUCAUACGGGGGUUAAGUAUGAUUUGUAGGUCUUAGGUUUUGUUUGUUUUUUAAUUCGUUACAGCAGUUUCUUUAGCUGAUUUCCAUUUACUAUGUGAAUAGAAACACUGCUCAACGUGUGGAGCCCUGAGAACAGGGAUGUUUAUUAAUUCAUUUUUCUGUAGUAAAAUUCAAUUUUUCACAAAUUAUAUUUCUAAAGAAAUAUAGUAAACAUAAAUUUGCAACAAUUUUAAAGCUCCAAUUUUUAGGUGACUCGAGGAAAAGUCAAGAGUUAUUUGAUGCCAUCACCAAGAGUCUACAUCCCUAUGUCAAGCCCACCUCUGCUUUACAGGCAGCUCUUACCACUGGGUAGCGCUGCAAGGUCCAGUUUCUCUCCAGGUCCCCGAUCAACAGGAAAUGUCACUGGUCGAUGUAUAAGCCGCCCAUGCUUUCUGUUUCUCACACAUGCUUUGAGAUUGGUUUUAACAUCUUACAGUCAUUUUUGAAAUCCAUCUACAUCCCAUUUGUUUAAAUGGAGGCCAUGCACACACACACACAAACAUUUUCUUUGUUUCUCCUUUUUGAUUCAAUGCUGACCAUUGAAAACUGUCAUGCUUGAUAUGGUGCAAAAGUUAAAACGAGCUCUCACUCAAAAUGCCUUCUCCUAAUGUGGUGCAACAUGAACUACACCAAGACCAUGUCUUGAUUUCCUGAGCCCUAAGGUGGGUCCAGCCGAGGGAGUGAAAAAAAGAACACAAUUUUAUUGGAAUAAUUUAGACACCUGUGUACCAGCAGCAAUUUGGUUUAAUAGACCUGUAGUGUCUAUGCUCGCCCUUAGAGUAGACGUUUACCAUUUUCCUGACACUAAGGCGCAGCCACAGAAUCCUUUCUGCAUAUUCCCAUACACACAAUUCCUCAUUUUAGUAAGAAGGACAUGACUGUGGAAUAUUUGUACAUACUUGUCAUUAUGCAGUAUUUAUUUAAAAGUUGGUGUACUUUUUUUUUAAAUUUUCACAUGUCUGCACCUCAACUUGUGGUUAAACCAUGUAAAUAGCACUACGCCAGUGACCGUUGCUGCCCUGUACAUGGAAUGUUUUCAAGUAAAGGGAAUUCCAGUUGGGGAAAAAUGGGGGGAGGGCAGAUUAGUCCUGUAACAAACACCAACUGAUGUAAAUCAAAUUCAUUCUGGUGAUGGUAUUUAACACUUUAAAUAAAACAUUUUCUUUACAUA